AUGAGCAACGUAAACAAUUCAACGUCAGAGGCUACCACAGUAAAAAUUGUUGUUGUGGGUGAUGGAAAUGUGGGAAAGACUUGCUUGUUGAUUGUCUAUGCCGGAAAGGAAUUUAUGAACGACUAUGUACCUACAGUAUUUGAUAAUUACGGCUGUACUGUUUAUGUAGAUCAAAAGCCUGUAAAUCUUACUUUAUGGGACACAGCCGGUCAAGAAGACUACGAUCGAUUAAGACCCUUGUCAUAUCCAGAUACCAAUGUAUUCUUACUUUGUUUUUCUCUAGUUCAGUACUCGAGCUUUGUCAAUGCCAAACUGAAAUGGUACUCAGAAAUUACAAAACAUUGCCCAUCCGCACAUGUUAUUUUGGUCGGAACCAAGCUAGAUUUGAGAAAUGAUGUUAAUUAUGUGAAGAAUAUGGAAGCUAGAGGGGAUCCAGAAGAAAGAGUUGUAACAUACAAGGAAGGUCUUGAGUUGGCAGAGGAAUUGGACUGUGCAGGAUUUGCAGAAUGCUCUGCCAAAACAAAACAGGGCCUUAAGAAGGUAUUUGAUGAUGCCAUUCGAGUUAGCUUGUACGGAAGAGUUUCAAAAAAGAAAAAGAACGGCAAAAACCUGUGCCUACUAUUGUAG